GAAGAAUAGAAAAGUGAUUGAGUUUAUGGAGUUGAAACAAGGUAACAUGUCUGUUGCAGAGUAUUCCGUUAAGUUUCAGUCCUUAUGUAGGUUCGCACCACACUACAACACUGUUGAGGCCGAGCAUGAUAAGUGUGUGAAGUUUGAGAGUGGUCUGAGGCCUGAGAUUAAACAUUUGAUCGGAUUUUCUGAGAUUAGAGACUUUCCAACAUUGGUAAAUAAGAGUCGUAUAUGUGAUGAAGAUGGAAGAGCUAGAGCGAACCACUACAAGAUGACUAAUGAAAAAAGUGGCAAGGAUGGGAACCGUUGGAAACCCUAUGAUAACAAGGGGAAGAAGCAUGCUGAGAAUAAUAGUGGUAAGAAAGACGUGAAAUGUUUCAAAUGUGGAGUUUGGGGGCACAAAGCAGAUGAGUGCAGGAGUCAAGGUUCAAAAUGCUUUAGGUGUGGGAGAUUCGGUCACAAGUCUAAGGAUUGCAAGAACCCAAUCACUUGUUUCAACUGCAAUGAGGAGGGUCACAUUAGUCCCGAUUGUAAGAAACCAAAGAAGAGUGGGGGAAAGGUUUUUGCUUUGGAUGGUGGUGAUGCAGCGGAGGAACCGCUGGUGGAAAUGCAACUUGGGAGUUGGAAAGCAAGAUGAGAAGUUCUUAUCUGAAGUUGUUUUUAGGUUCCCAGGUCAAGGAUACUGCUGUCAGGGAGUAGUUGCUUGCUUGCUUAUUUUAGCGAGGAGAUUGGCAAGAUGCUUCUCCGUUUAUUUUGUUUUAUUUAUUUUGGGAUGUAAUAAUAGUACUUAGUGUCGCUCUGGUAGUGUAACACCGGGACAAGUUGAUAUUUACUUUAUAUCUUAUAUAUGUCGGAUGUAUGUGGUUUUGAUAGCCUUACUUUCAUAUGUGAAAUUUAUUUUAUGAAAUGCAUGAGUAAUUCAUAUGA